AUGUCCUCUGGACCUCUGCCUCUCCCACCUUCAAAAUUAAAAGAGAUAGAGAAGAACAUUGAUGAGAGGAACGACGAUGAGAAUCUCAAGAACACGACUGGUCUGGUUAAGAUGCCAUACACUUUACUGUUUCCGACCGGUGAAGGUGGAGUUACUGGCAGAGGAAUUCCAAACAAAAAGGGUAGUAAAAGUAAGAAUACUCUGGACAGGAUUAGCGAUUUGCCUGAACCUUUGAUUCAGCGGAUAUUAUGCUUACUUCCUACAAAAGUUGCCAUAACCACGAGUGUUUUGUCCAAAAAAUGGCAGUCUCAUUGGAAAAAGACGCCUAAAAUCAAUUUUGAUGGUUUAAAUCGCAGUGUUGAACUCGAAAAUCUCUGCAAGUCUUUGCUUUCACAUAAGGCUCCUGUUCUACAGAGAUUUCAUCUCAAAGUUGGUUUAGAUGGACGUACUAAUGUAAUUGAUUUUGGAAUCUUGAUUGGAAUUGCAUUAACCCGCAAUGUGCGUGAGUUGGUACUUAAAGUUCACUCCACCAGAGACUUGUUCAAGUUUCCAAGAAUCCUGUUUGAAUGUGAAACACUAGAGACUUUAAAGCUCAAGCUUAAUGUUAUUAUGACUGUCCCUUCAUCGGUUUCUCUGAGAUCCCUUCGAACUCUGAACCUUCAAUAUGUGGACUUCGGACACGAAAGGUCUGUUGUUAACCUUUUAUCUGGCUGUCCUAACCUUCAAGAUUUGGUAGUGCAUAGAGAUCCAAGUUGUAGUGUGAAUACUUUCAAAAUUUUAGUGCCAUCUUUACAAAGACUAACAAUUCAUAAUGGCGAUGGUGGAGAACAUGACUGGAGCUAUAUGAUAAAUACUCCUUCUUUGAAAUACUUGAACAUUGAAGGGUCUGAGGAUUUUGAGUCUUCUCUGAUGAACGUACCGGAGCUGACGGAGGUAAAUAUUACUAAUGUCUUGGAGAUAACCGACGAGAAGCUUCUAACAGUUCUUACUUCAUCAGUUAAACGCCUUUCCUUGGCCUUAUCACCCUUGAAGUUUGAGUUUCCUGUCGAUUGCAUCUUUGAACAAUUGGUUUGUUUGGAGCUAUUCACAUAUAAAAAAGCAUGGUGGGAUCUACUUUCAUUCAUGCUCCAUAGUUCUCCUAAAUUGCAAGUCCUCAGGCUCAUUGAUGAAAUAUGUUGUAUGGACAAUGUUGGGGUUGGAAAAUGGAAUCAACCACAGAAUGUUCCUGAAUGUUUGUUUUCUCAUCUUGAGACAUUCAUGUGGAAAGGCUACAAAUGGGAUCGAAAACAGGAGAUAGAAGUGGCGAAAUACAUUCUAAAGAAUACGAAUCAUUUGAAGAGAGCUACUUUCUCCUCAAAACGCAUCAGUUAUCGAGAUAGGCUUGAGGUGGUCAAUGAUUUGAAAAGUGUUGUCAGGGAUACAAAUUCAUGCAAGUUUGAAUUCAUAUGAAACAUAUAUUUUUACUAGGAACGUCUGUUUAUAUGUAUUGUUUACAAUGCUUUAU